CCUGCGAGUGAAGUUUUCCUGUGUAACGAAUUAUUUUGAUUGACACGUCGGACACCAUUUCCGCGAUAAGUAACGUUCCGAAAUGAAAGAGGAAAAGGAAAUUGCUGCCUUCCUAUUGUUAUUCCUUGUGAAUGUUGCACGAUGCGAUGCAUUUUAUAGCACCGUAAGCGGAGAGGAUCCAUGCAUUAAUCUGUGCGAAAAAACACCACUGUCUUUUACGAAUAGUAAAUACUUUAAAUCCUGUUGUCAACGAGGAUGUAGGUUCUAUAAUCUGGUAGACUUACAUUAUGGAUUUAAACCAUACAGCUUAAACGGUACCAGAGAUGCCUGCGAAGCUUCAUGUGCGGAAGCAUAUACAUUGCCAGAGGGUCACUAUGCAUGCAGUACUGGCUGCAAUUUUAUGGCCAGGCAGCGUGUUUCAGAUCUAUUAUCGCUCUUUUCUGUUGCCAUUUAUGUAGAGGAAGGAGUAGAUUCUAAUAUACUUUUAAUGUCACCUGAUAUACCCGAAAAUGACAUUCUAAGUGAUCCAGGUUUACGAAAAGAACUUCUUCCAGGAUGGUGGGAUUCAAAUGGAUUUAAAUUGCCGCAAACAUAUAUCAAAACUGUUCCUUUGGAUGCUGGGACCAUGGAUUAUGGUGUACCAUCGGACUACUCCGGCGAAAAUGAGCAAUCAGCUUCAGUACCUGGGUCUGAUUGGAUUCAGUGUGUCUCAAGACAUAUUGGGCUACCACAUUGGCUUUUUGCUUUUGCUAUUGCUGCUGCAGCUCUAUCUGCAUUUUGGCUAUGUUUAUAUUCAGGAAAAUCUAAUGAUUCUUAUAAAGAGAUGCUUAUCAAAAAGUCUGAGACUUCUCCUACAUUGACAUUAUACUUACCAGAAGUACCGCUGCAUAAACAACCACCUCCAAAAUACUCAGAGGUUGUUGAUGUACCAGAAAUUAAUAUGAAAGUUUAA